AUGUUCGUUAAAAAGACGCUGUUGACAGCGCUAGUCGCGCAGACUUGUGCGGCGGCAACGGCCAAAGCCAGGGAGGAGAAUGCCAAGUGCAGUAAGACUACGGUCGCGAUUCUCGGAGGUGGAAUGGCCGGUGUUGCUGCUGCUCAAGCUCUAUCCAACUCAUCCAUUCACGACUUUGUGAUCAUCGAGUACCGGGAUACCCUUGGAGGUCGCGUGGCUCACACUGGCUUUGGCAAAAAGCCCAGUGGCGAUCCAUACACCGUUGAGAUAGGUGCCAAUUGGGUGCAAGGACUUGGCUCUCCUGGAGGUCCAGAGAACCCCGUUUGGACCUUCGCUAAGAAGUGGGAUCUGAACAACACUUACUCCAACUACAGUGCGAUCCUUACUUACAAUGAGACCGGGUAUACUGAUUACUCUGCUAUUCUUGACGAGUAUGAAAACAUGUACGAAGGUGCUUCCGAGCAGGCAGGUAUUCUCCUGAAGCAGAACCUGCAGGACCAGACUACUCGCUCUGGUCUUUCUCUUGCCGGCUGGAAGCCUAAAAAGGACGACAUGAAGCGCCAGGCCGUUGAAUGGUGGGAAUGGGACUGGGAAGAUGCCAACUCGCCCGAGGAGAGCUCAUUCAUCUUCGGCUCCGCAGGCUCAAACCUAACCUUCAACCAAUUUAGCGAUGAGAACAACUACGUCUGGGACCAGCGUGGCUACAACAGGAUCAUCAAGAAAGAAGCCUCCACUUUCCUGAAGAAAAAUGACCCCCGUCUGCACCUAAACUCAGUAAUCACCAACGUGACCUACUCCGAUGACGGCGUCACCAUCCACAAAGAAGACGGAAGCUGCGUACAAGCCGCCUACGCAGUAUGCACAUUCUCUCUUGGCGUCCUACAAAACGACGCAGUCUCAUUUGCCCCCGAGCUACCCUCCUGGAAGCAGACCGCUAUUCAAAAAUUCAGCAUGGGAACCUACACAAAGAUUUUCCUCCAAUUCAACGAAACAUUCUGGCCCCGUGAUACACAGUACUUUCUCUACGCCGACCCUACAACCCGCGGCUACUACCCCGUGUGGCAAUCCCUAUCCGCACCAGGCUUCAUCGAAGAAUCAAACAUUAUCUUCGCAACAGUUGUUUCACAAGAGGCAUACCGCAUCGAGCGCCAAACGGAUGAACAAACCAAAGAUGAAGCCAUGGCCGUUCUACGCAAGAUGUUCCCCGAUGUCGACAUCCCCGAGCCCGAGGCAUUCAUGUAUCCACGCUGGAGUACAACACCCUGGGCGUAUGGGAGUUACUCAAAUUGGCCUCCGUCGACAACUCUCGAGAUGCAUGAGAACCUGCGGGCGAAUAUCGAUCGGCUGUGGUUUGCUGGUGAAGCGACUAGUGCGCAGUAUUUUGGUUUCUUGCAUGGUGCUUGGUUUGAGGGGAGGGAUGUCGGUGAGCAGAUUGCUUCACUUCUUAAGAGUGAGUGUAAUAAUGUGCAGAGUACGGCAGAGGACUGUGGGAAUCGGGUUUACUAUGAGACGCUGCAUGGGUCGUCGCCGAUGGCGGAUUAUAGCGUUUUUGACGGAUGGUCGGUUAGUAGUUUCUACUCCAGCAGCUAG